AUGAAGAAGGAAGGAAAGAAUGACAAGAAGAAGAGAGGAGUUCUUCACUCGCAAGGGUUAAGCAAUUUUUGCAAGGACUGCAACCCCUAUCAUUUGUUUAAUUCCAAGAUAUCAGACUUCGGUUAUGCUGACUUGGAUUACCCAGAAAGUUUUUGGUCUUGCGGGUAUGUGCCAACACCUCUGGAAACAUCUGGUUACAUUGCCCCGGAAUAUUUUGCCACAGGUCAUUUAUCUGUGAAGGGCAACGUGUAUAAUUUUGGUGUUGUGUUGCUUGAGAUGCUUACUGGGUUACGUGCUCAUGACAUGAAGCGUUUGCCUGGGCAACAUAAUCUGGUAGAUUGGGUCAAGCCUUAUUUAGCAAAUGGAAGAAAGUUAACAAGCGUAAUGGAUUCCAGGUUGGAAGGGGAAUAUCCUCCGAAAGCUGCACUGCGAUUGGCUCAUCUUGCUCAACAAUGUCUGGAAGAGUACCCCAAUUAA